CGUGCUGCCAGUGAGUCUCUUCUCCCACAGGGAAACUUGUCACCUCUAACUCCUGUUGAAAUCAGACUUACAAAAGCCUGCAAAGUUAGGCAUUCAUUUAUUUGCUUCACUGAGUGUUUGCUUUGCAUCUCAGAUAAAUGAUGCACACCAGUAGCUGUUCUUUUUUGUAUUUUAAACAUUUUAAUCCUGAUCUUUGGUGAACGGGACUCCUGAGAGUGUUGAGGUCAACUAGAGUGAAGGAGAUAAUUAGCAGUUCCACCAGCCUGAGUACACAGAGUUUGAGAAUGGAAUUUAUUUUUACCAGAAAUGAUUGCUUUGUACACCUUAGUGCCAUCAAGAAAUGAGUGGUUAUUAAGCUGAAUGAUAAAGCCAUUUAAGAUGUAGCUGAUCUCAGUUAUUACAUAGAUGUUAUUAUUCUGAUUUCCUCAAAAUGAGAGUGAUAGUUUCCAAUCUUAAGAGGAAAAAUGCUGCAAUGUCUUUAACAGCAAAAUUCCCAAGAAUUAGUAAAAAUGGUUAAGGGGCCCUGAAAACAAUUUUGUCUUGCAAAUCAGGAUAGUUAUCAGACCACCCCCACCACCCCCAAAUAACAAACAUUUCUGCCAUCACAUUGCAGCUCAAUCUUUGAAGUUGCUAAUUAGUUCUGCAUAAUGAGUGCUUUAUCAAUCUCCCAGACACAGAGCACUCUGGAGCCUGAGGGCAUUUGGAUUAUUCCCUCCACGUCCCUUUCCUUGGAAGGAUGUGCUGCAGGUUGAGGGUGCCUUGGUUCACCCCACUGCUUUUUGGGGUCACUUGUGGGACUUCCCACAAGUGUUUUAAGCAGUGCCAGGGUGCCUGCCAUGCCAAGAAGUGAAGCACACUGGGAAUAUCUUCAGGAAUGCCUUCAACCAAGAGUGCAGACAGUGGAAUUGCUAAAAUACAUCCUUCCCACUUUGAGAUUCCUGAAAUCCCAAGAAGCAAACAGCUCACUGGAGCUGUGUGGGACACAGUGUUUGGGAAUCUGGGGGUUUUGUUUGCAGUUUAAUUCUCAAGGAGAUGUCUCCUAGAAAACACAGCUUUUCACUGUACAAUAAAAUGAAGCUGUUAAAUACCUUCCCCUCCCUUUCCCUUCCUUCUCUCACACUCCUGUUUGCCUGGCUCACUCCCACUGCCUGGUGGCUCCCUUCCCCACCACGCUGUGUCUGGCAGUCUUUUUGAGUAUCUUUAGGCAAUUCCUAAAGCUUCCUUGGCCAUACAUAAAAAUAUAUUUCAGCAAGAAUGAAAACAGGGCUUGGAGCAAUGCAAAAAAAGGAAGAAAAUUGGCAAGCUGCAGAGAAAAAAAUGGUGAUUCUAAUCCCUGUGCUCAUGGCCUUGAAGGCAGAGUCUGGGAGCUGUCAGAACAUUAUAGAUAACCUUCAUUUCUGUGUGUGAGUCCCUGGAUUAUUGUUGCACAGAGUGUGAUUAUUCCAGGGAAUGCAGUCGGAUUUUUGGUGAAGACGGUCUGACGCUGAAACUCUUUCUUAAAAGGACUGCUCCCUUUUCUAUUCUGUGGACUUUGACUAACUACCUGUAUUUACUGGCUUUAAAGAAGCUCACAGCCACAGACGUCUCUGCCCUGUUCUGUUGUAACAAAGCUUUUGUCUUCUUGCUUUCUUGGAUUGUGCUCAAAGACAGGUUCAUGGGAGCAAGGAUAGUGGCAGCAAUAAUGGCAAUCACAGGAAUUGUGAUGAUGGCAUAUGCAGAUGGUUUCCAGGGUGAUUCAAUUAUUGGGGUGGCCUACGCCGUGGGAUCAGCCUCCACAUCUGCACUGUAUAAGGUUUUGUUCAAAAUGUUUCUUGGGAGUGCAAACUUUGGGGAGGCAGCUCACUUCGUGUCCACCCUGGGCUUCUUCAACUUCAUCUUCAUCUCCAUCACCCCCAUCAUCCUCUACUUCACAAAAGUGGAGUACUGGUACCCCUUCUCUGCUGUGCCAUGGGGUUACCUGUGUGGAGUGGCUGGCCUCUGGUUAGCUUUCAACAUCCUGGUUAACGUUGGGGUGGUGCUGACCUACCCCAUCCUGAUCUCCAUCGGCACCGUGCUCAGUGUCCCUGGAAAUGCAGCCGUGGACCUGUUGAAGCACAAAAUGAUCUUCAGCGUGGUGCGGCUGGGGGCCACCAUCAUCAUCUGCAUGGGCUUCCUGCUCAUGCUGCUGCCCGAGGAGUGGGACGAGAUCACCCUGAGGUUCAUCAACAGCCUGAAGGAGAAGAAGAGCGAGGAUCACUCCGAGGACAUCACGGAAUCCAGCGUGCACACGAGGAGCAGGAGCAGAGCCAACGGGACAGUGUCCAUCCCGCUGGCGUAGGGCUGGAGGAGCCUCCCUGCAGGCAGAUGUAUAUUCUGUGAAUAUAGCUUAACUCUCCUCACCACCUGUAUGCUUCAAAAAACGUCAUCUAACCUGAGCAGGGGGUGAACUGUAAGAUAAGAGAAGUACAUCUAUAAUAAAUGUUUACAUUUAUACACUUAACGAGGAACGGGUGUAAAUAACUGCAAUAAAAUCUUUUGUAAUA